UUUUUAAUUUGAAAUGGUGGCGAGAAAUUUCGAAGUUCGAGAAGUUUCUAAUUCGCGUUUUUUACACGAAACAGACGAAGAUGAUGGUAGUUUUAUCACUUUGCAAGAACUUAAACCGGUUAUUGUGCAACAGGAAUUGCAAUCAUAUCAACGCAGUUAUUAUGAAUUACCCAGUAUGAUAGAUGACCCCUGCUCAUCGAGUUUAUCAUAUCAGUCAAAUCAAAAUUCGACGUCUGCUUUAGAUGAUAGUAGCUCUUUAUCAAGUUCAAAUAACAGAAAACGAAAAACAUAUUUUCACGACGAUAUUGAAGGAAAGGAAGAUGGCGGAGAAGAUAAUAAGUCUAUCAAAUCAAACGACGACAAUAAAAAACAAAACCACAGUGAAGUUGAGAAACGUAGAAGGGAUAAAAUGAACACUUACAUCACAGAGCUCUCUUCUAUGGUUCCGAUGUGUCACGCGAUGUCCAGAAAAUUGGAUAAACUAACUGUUUUAAGAAUGGCUGUGCAACAUUUGAAGUCUAUUAGAGGGGCCCUACCUUCCUAUACAGAAGGUCAUUAUAAACCAUCACUACUAUCUGAUCAAGAAUUAAAACACAUCAUUUUACAGGCUGCUGAUGGUUUUUUAUUCGUAGUUGGGUGCGAUCGAGGUAGAAUUUUAUACGUUUCAGAAUCUGUGUCAAAAGUACUCAAUUAUUCGCAGGGUGAUCUUUUAGGCCAAAGUCUUUUUGAUAUUUUACACCCAAAAGAUGUUGCCAAAGUUAAAGAACAGUUGUCUUCGUCUGAUAUUAACCCCAGAGAAAGACUGAUCGAUGCCAAGACUAUGCUUCCUGUCAAAACAGACGUUCCCCAAGGAGCGUCCCGCUUAUGCCCCGGUGCUCGACGUUCAUUUUUUUGUAGAAUGAAAUGUAAUGUUUCUUCACAAGUAAAAGAAGAAGCUGACACUACUACCGGUUACCAUAGACGGAAAAAAUACAAUUCAGAUAAAAAAUAUAACGUUAUUCAAUGUACGGGUUACUUAAAAUCGUGGGCACCAGCCAAAAUUGGUUUAGAUGAACAAGAAGAAGGAGACGGGGAAACAUGUAAUUUAUCGUGUUUAGUUGCCGUUGGAAGAAUUCUUCCACAUAUAUCGACAGUUGCUGCCAACUGUCAAGGAAGGCAUAAUAUUAGACAUAUACAAUUCAUAUCUCGACAUGCUUUAGACGGAAAGUUUUUAUUCAUCGACCAAAGGUCGACUCUGGUUUUGGGAUUUCUUCCUCAAGAACUACUAGGUACUUCGAUGUAUGAAUAUUUUCACCACGAGGAUAUUCAGUCUUUGGCGGAUUAUCAUAAAGUGGCUUUACAAAGUACAAAUUCUGUUACGACUGAAGUGUAUAGAUUUAGAACGAAAAGCGGUGGUUUCAUUAAGAUACAGAGCGAGUGGAAGGCGUUCAAAAACCCGUGGACCAAAGAAAUAGAGAAUUUUAUAUCCAAAAAUAAUCUCAUCCUGUAA